AUGAAGGUGCAUCAUAGAAGUGUUUCGUGUCGUCAGCUGUCAUGGCGGACUCAAGUCCUCCUUAUUAUAGUCGCUUCGCUACCAGCAUUUUCAUAUUCAGAUCAGAGGGCAUUCCGCCGGUCCAAUAAACAAGACCCUAUACUGGCUCCUGAUCAAGCGUCUUACUUCUCAGGAGAAUUCGAUGCAGGUGUAGAGGCUACUCCACCUGCUGACCACAUACUUUCCAGUGAGUAUGGUUUCGUGGAAAUCUUCAAGAAAUUAUUUGGAGGGAAAGCCGAGGAGGAAGACGAAGCACCGACCACGUCGGAGCAGCGUAGGAGUUCCUGGCAUGAAGAAGAAAGGCACGCUGAAUUUGCAUUUUGCUCCGACGUGGGGUUCAGAGGACUUCAUCCAGAUGAAGGUGGUGAAGAGGCCGCGUGCUGGAGUCGAUGCGGCCGUGUCUGCGAAGGAGCAAUGUUUCUCGCUGAGGAUGCGCUACCGGAGUGGAGACUUGUUCCUGUCGCGACAAGGACAAAGCCCUGCAAAACCCCUGCUAAAAAAUCUGCAGUUCAGAUUUUGUGCAAGGCUAUCAAGAAACCAACACACUACGACAUCAGCAGUGCUGUAAAGCAGGAGACUACUUUUGAUGUUGAGGCGCAGCAGCAAGAACAAAUGCAGCAGCUAUCAAGGCAGCAAAUGCUACCGCCGUAUCAAUCAUCUUCAGCACCUGCCUUCGCAGCAACUCCUGCUGGUUUUACCGAAGACGCGCACAUGGUGCCUCAGACUUUUGCAGCUGCAGCGUAUGGUCGAGGGCGAAGCGCCUUCCCACAAUGGGCUCUGUACCUCAUCCUCACUGGGAUUGCUCUGGCCUGCGCCCUUCUGCUAUGCUGCUGCCUGUGUUUCUGCCGUCGCUAA